AAUUGCAUUGCAAGAAUCAAUUGCAGUGGAAAGUUUUAGAUACAUUUAUUAUAACAAUGGAGAAAGGGAAAGGAGAAUCGAGAAUGUGAGUUUUGUCAUGUUUUCUUCCUAGUUUUAUGCAUGUGCAUAGACCGGGUAUGUGUUAUUAUAAGUACGUUUUGAGGGAAGUUGAGACGUGUGGAGAAGUGCGUAGAAAGUCCUAUCUCAUUUCGUGAGCUCCAGCACGUCAUGAUGAAAACACAACCAGGAUUGCAUCUUCUCAUAUAAAAGUCUCUCCGUCCCCACAGCUUCAACAUUUGUUUCUUCGAAUUCGUGUCGUGUCUGCAUCCGAAAAGAGUUUUUUCAAAAGUUUUCAAGAGGGGUGCUGGUUAUAAGAUAUUAAGAGAAUGAACUGCAAUCGGGGGUUGGUCUCGAUGGCUCGUCAAAUGAUUUUGACGCCAAGACGAAAUUUUUUCACUCGACGAUCUCCUUGGGGUUUGAUCGACCUGUCCAAGCAAAUGGAAGACAUGGAACGAAACUUUGCUCGAAUUGAACGUGACAUGAGUGCUGCUUUCCGAGAUGGACCUUUUGGAUCUCAUUAUCCCUUCAAAGUUCACAGAUUUUUUGAACCUUCGUCCAGAUUUUUCACCCCACUCAUCGAGGGCGAAACAAAGGUUGGAGAAAAUGGAGGAAAGUAUGUGGUCAAGAUGGAGCUGGGAAAAGACUUCAAUCCAGAAAACGUCAAAGUCUCCCUGAAGGAUCGAGUGUUGACCAUUGAGGCCAAGUUUGAGCAAAAGUCGGAAGAUGGAAAUUCUCGAAUUUAUCAAGAAAUCUGUAAAUCAUUCACACUUCCCGAAAUGGUAAAAGUGGAGGAAGUGAAGAGCUUGUUCACUCCGGAGGGAGAUCUGCUCAUUGAGGCACCACUUCCGGAGGUUGAAGCCCCCAAGCCAAAAGAAAUCCCCAUCUCGGUGGAAAACAAAAAAUAAGUUGUAGUCGUAACAGGAAGAGGACGAUUUAUUUAAAUAAAUUAUUCUUAAGCAAACCUGUUAUAUUAUAGUUAAUCCGAUAUUUUUCUUAAACCAAAAAGUGAGUCGUCUAAACACAAGCACAUUCAUAAAAUAUAAAAUACACUUUUGGUUUUAGUGCGUAAUAUUAAUUGACUUUUACUGGGAAUUUAUUUUAUGUGCAACUGGUAAAUCGAUUUGUAAGAGUCUAACAAACACUCGAGACUGAUUUGAAUAAAAAAUCGUAGAAAAA